AUGUCUUUGCAGCUAGCGGAUCAGACCACAAUCAUACCUGAGGGAAUAGUGGAAGAUGUGCUAGUUCGGGUGAAUAAAUUUGUGUUCCAUAUGGACUUCAUUGUGGUAAACAUGGAAGAGAAUAGGGAGGUCCAUCUAAUUUUAGGGAGACCUUUCUUGGCUACUGGUAGAGCUAUUCUGGACAUUCAGAAAAGGCAGCUCAUACUUAGAAUGGGAGAAGAAAUGGUGCUCUUCAAGAUGGAAGGAGCAAUGAGCUCCUUAAAAGAGCGAUAUGGAGAGAGUAAGCAUGAUAAGUUUGGGGUGCACCCAAAGAAGGCAGCUCAUACUCAAAGUGGGAGAAGAAAUGAUGCUCUUCAAGAUGGAAGGAGCAAUAGGGGACUUAAAAGAGCGAGAUGGAGAGAGUUAGGAUGA